AUGGAGAGUGUCGCCGGAUCAAGAAUGAGUGAUCCCUUGGAUGAGUUUGGCGGUGGGGUGUAUGCAUCGGCGGCAGUACAGGGGAAUAGAGCGGUGGGGGAUAGGAGGGAGCGAUAUGCCGGGGAGGAGGAGGGGGAAGGUGAAUCGGAGGACGACAGUGAAUCCGAGGAGGAAGAGGAGGAGAGCGAAUCAGAGGAAUCCGAAUCCGAAUCCGAAGACCACACCAGCGGCCAAGGGUGUCGCAUCGGUAUAUCCGUCAACGACGGCUCCGGGGGCGCUCAAUACAACGGCAGCGUGUGGGAGGAGGAGCACAAUGGGCCCGGGGGAUACGGGUUAUACGGGGAAGGGAGGCAGCCCACCAACACCGACUGGAUGAUCUGGUCCUGCGAUGUCUGCAACACCACCGUCAACAUCUUUGCCCGCGACGACCAUAUCGCCUCCCGCUCUCACACCCGAGCGGCCAAGAAGCAGGCCGGACAGGAGGCGACACCGAUGUUACCACAGGAGACGUAUGUUGUGCCCGUGUGGCGGUGCGCGCUGUGCGACGAGGAGAUGUCGGUCUUCCUCCGCGAGGAGCAUGUGUUUGGGAGGCAGCAUCUCCACUUGCUCCGGAAGCAGCAGGAGAGUGAUGGUGGAGCUCAUUCAAGAGCCCCGGACACGCCUCCCAUGUCUGGGCAGCAGGAGGACGGUGGGGGGGUAUAUGUAUACGAUGGAGCUGUAGAGGUGGGUAUAGCGGGUAUAACCUUCGACGACGAUAUUCCGGACAUACCCCCGCCAGCCUUUACCUCCUACGAAUACAAACUGCGCGAGACGUUCUACUGCAUCACCUGUGCCGGGGAGUUCGAUCUCUCUCUGGAAGAAGAUCAUCUCGCUGACCUCGAAACCUGGGACUGCGCGCUGUGCGCAAAGACCAUGCACUCCGCGGCAAAGGAGAUGCAUCUACAGAGCGAACGACACACGGCCAUGGCGAGCAUCUACGAGUCCCAGCCAGAAGACUUCAACUGCGAAGUUUGCCAGAAGAGCUAUGCGCCGGUCGAGAGGGAGGGCCAUCUCGCGGGGAUGGAGCACCAGCAGAUGGUCGCCCGCAUCGAGCUGGAGCAGCGGUACAUGAAGCGCCUGCAGGAGGUCAAGACUGCGCCGAAACACCCAGGCUCACUCCCGCCUACAUUUCAACACACGACCGACAAGGGGAAAGGGGUUCAGGCCGAUCCGACGGUGUGCGAUUUAUGUGGCGAGUCCCUUCUGUGCGUGCAGCUCGUCGCCCACCGCGCAUGGCACUGUCCGCUCACCGGACCCUCCCGCGACCCUCCUUCCAACGCACCGGAGGGCCCCCCUUCCAAGGCAGUGCCAGAGAGCACCGGUACCUUCUUCUACUGCGACGUCUGCAACAAGGGCAUGCAGCUGCCCAACAAGGCGGCGCACAUCCAGGGCAAGAAACACCUAAGGAAGACCGCCAAAAAGGGCAAACGCAAGGCGAAAGACAGGUCGGAAGUUGCUGGAAAGCCACCAAAGACCCAUAGCUCGAAAGGGAAGAGAAAGACAGAGGUGCCGGCAGAUAGGGAGUACUGUGAGGUGUGUAAUAAGUAUACGCACGCGGCGGGAAUGCCGGCACAUGUCAAGAGUAAGAAGCAUAAGAGGAACGCGGCGGCGAAGUUGUGGGCCGCGAAGGAUCAGGGCACUGGCCCGCCGACUACGCAGAUGGCGCAGACUCAACCGACACCGCCGGUCUCCCCUCAGCAGGUCCCGUCCCAACAGGCACCGGUGGUCUCGCCUCAGCAGGCCCCAUCUCAGCUGCAACCACAAGUCCGGAUCCCGCCUCAGCUAUUCCCGCCUCAGCUACCACCCCAGGUCCCUCAGCUACCACCCCAGGUCCCUCAGCUAUUCCCGCCUCUGCCAGUACCGUGGGUCCCGCCUCAACCGGCGCCGUUGGGCUUUCGUCAACCGCUGCCGCAGGUCCAGCCUCAGCCGGGCCGGCCGGUUUUGCGUCAGCUGGUGCGGCCAGCUCAGCUGGCGUCGUGGGCAUUUCCUCCGCAGGUGCCGUUGGUCACUCCCCAGCCGGUGCCUCAGCCGGUGCCUCAGCCGGUGCCUCAGCCGGUGCCUCAGCCGGUGCCUCAGCCGGUGCCUCAGCCGGUGCCUCAGCCGGCGCCGCAAGUCCAGGCUGCCGCUCCGGCAUUCGCAGACUCGCUAUACGUGACGAUCAUGGGGGAUAAGUUCCAUUGUAAGGUCUGUAAGCGGGAUAGGCAGCUUGUGGGGAUAGAGUCGCACAUGAAGAGUAAAAGUCACAAGAAGAAGGUACGUGGCUGCGGUGGGGUGAUAGUGUGA